CCAGGUCUGGGUGGAGGUGAAGCUGAGCCGAGCCAGGACGCCGCGAGAGUCCCACUGAGUGACAAAACUUUUGAAAUAUGACUGCAGGGAGGAUUUUGUCUCCACAAUGCUGCUAUGCUGGGAUGUGACAGGCUUCCUACCCAGGUCUGGAAGGUGGUUGAUGAUGUUAGGAGCAAAUUCAAACCCAGAUGAAGAGUGGCCUGAGCAAUGGAGGUGCCAACCCCAGAGCCCGUGUACGUUGACGUGGACAAGGGGCUGACGCUGGCGUGCUUUGUCUUCCUCUGCCUCUUCCUGAUUGUGAUGAUCAUCCGCUGUGCAAAAGUCAUCAUGGACCCCUACAGCGCCAUCCCCACUUCCACGUGGGAGGAGCAGCACCUGGAUGACUGACAGGGAUGCCCAGACUCAGCCACAGCACGCUGUGCCCCAGCAGCCUUCCCCACGGGGCAGGCCCACACACCAACAGCCAUUUAGGAUAUGCAGGCCAAAGGCAAUGUCUCCAAGAGCACAUCCUCUCAAUUAUUUUUGCUCAACAGGUCAAGAUAUCAGCAAGCCAUUCUGGCAGCAGAGUUUACUACUAUGCAGCAACUCUUAUUUUACAGUUGUCAUUUUAACUCAAGUAGCACAAGAUUCUCCAGACUUUUCCUAAUAUAACUCUUGGUCUAGCACAGUUUGUCCCACCCUCAAUAUCAGCCACAAACCCAGGGUAACCAUCAAUACCAAGAAAAAGCAACAAGAGUAUUCUGUCUUUCCUGGAAACAGAUUGCUUCAAAUACUGAUUGCUUCCUCAGUCAUCAUGGGUGCAUUUUAGGAAAGGCCCAGAUUUUAUAUACCAGAGCAUCCCCAAGUAGAAGUGCUGAAGUACCUCUGGCUAAGUAGAAUUGAACAAGCAGAUUUAUCCUUGACUCACUGGGCUCUGCACCCCCUACCCCACUGCAGCCAUAGUUCCAGUGACCAGGAUGCUGAAGCACUCAGGGGGUUCUGGACUGCUGUAGACCCCACCUUGCUCUAUCCUAGUCAUGCAAACACCAGGCAUAUCCUCUGCCAUGGGCCCUUGGUUAGUCAGGCCACUGACUGAGCUUGGUAGGCACCAAAAAUCCCUGGAGCAGAGCCUGGGCACUGCUGGUGUCAACUCCAUAGAACUUGCUGUGAUUUGCAAAGAGUGAUUCCACAUAAAAUUUUACCCAUCUUUUUCAUCAGGUGUACUUCAGUGGGAUGAGACAGAACUAGAAUGACCAGGACAAUAAACAGAGAGGUUUUUCUCUCAGCUUUGUCAUUCAGACUCCUCAGCAUAACAUUUACAGUAACACACAAUAAUAAGCAUUCUACCUCGGAGAAAUUCAGCUCUUUCAAAGGAAGGUUUUUUCCUUUAAUUUGUAAGAUACAUUUCCUUCUCUCAAUUCAUUAAGACAUUAUGCAAGAAGGCAUAAGAGAACAUGGGAGCACUGGAAAUUUAUUAUUUACCUUUGAAGAGUGGGGACUGCAGCAUUCCAAAGUCCUCUAUUCCUCAGAUUCCAAGGUUUGCUCAUGCCUGCCUUUUCUUUCAUGGCUACAUGCUCAACUUAUGGCAUUGAAAGGAAGCAAUUCAGGGCAGGUACUGCAACCACAACAAGCACCAUGAACAGACAAGGCUUGAAAGCACAAAACUUCCAGAAGGGCAUUUCUCCAUUUCUCCUCCUCACCAUCCUGCCUGACCCCCAGGCUCUUGCCAUGAGACAAUGCACAGUGGGUGAGAAAGGUGGAAGCAAAGGCUGUGACAAGAAAAUUGGGACACAGAUUUUGUAAGGCACUGUUCUAGCUCUGAUAGAUUUGUUUGAUGAUCACACAAGUCAAUUUUUAUGUGCCUCAGUCUACUCAUCAAUGAAAUGGGUGUAACAAUUUCAUCUUGUCACACCCCAUUUGGUCUAUCUAAUAAUACCAGAAAGCACCUGGAGAGCCUUAGGACACAGAAAUGAGGUUCUUACUUACAUCUCUUCCUGCUAAAACCAAUAGGGGAGGUCUGGAUCUUGUUGUACUGCAGGGAUGCUCUCCCCAGGUUGAGGACUUGUCCAGACCCCCAUUUACUCUCUCACUGCAGUAUUUUGAGCCAAGCCAAAUGGCACCUGGCUUUUUUUCACAGCCCACUGAUUUCUGAGGAUGUAAGGUGCUCAACACUGCAGAUACUAAGAUCCCAAAACAGGAGGCUAUGAGGCAGAUGGAGACUUUUGCAUGGAUCUUUUGAACCACACAAUUUUUGCUGAUCUCCGUUGUAGGAGAUCCCAUUCCUGAGGCAGGAAAUUCAAAGAUUAGCUUUCCUCCUGAUGUCCUCUAGGAAGAGACCUCCACUGCUCCCAUGACCCACUGCAGAUUGCUCCUCAGGCUGUUUAUUUAGCCUCAGUUUCUGCUAGCCAGGUAAUCACAGAACACUUUUUCGGGCUUGAAUGUUAAAUGUUCAUCAUACUUGGAGCAAACCCACUGCUCCCUCUUAGUCAUGGGCAGUUCUAUCAGAACCAGAGGAAUGGAUUUCCUAGCUCAAAGAACAACACUUCUGUUCCCUGGGCUAAAGAUUGGAACCUGCUUUUUGUCAUUAAAUCUUGUAUCCCUCUAGUGGGGCUAUUUACAAAAUAAGCAAAAUAACAAAAUGAUGUCCAGGCUAGGGACACUCCCAGUUUGCAGUCACCUGGCUGAGAUCACAGCUGAUGCAGAGCAAGGACAGAGCUUGUCCUCACACAUCUCAGUGCCAAUACUCCACUUGGUGUUUAUCUGCAUGCAGGACUCUCUGGCAUUGCCACAUGUCACUGAUAAGCCCCAGUUCAGCUGAGGACUGAUUGAGGUGCUGAAGUUUAAGCCUCUGAGCAGGCUGCCCAGCUGCAGAGACCAGGGUCAGUCCUGUGGCAUGGGCAGGGACAGCAGCACACAGCCCCUGCAGGAGCACAGCCUGCCUGAGAAUGAAGGGUUGCAAAUGCUGAGGAAGCAAAUUGAAAAAUCUGCUUUGCAAGGAUAGUUGCCACUUUUUUCUCUCUUUGUCCAGCUGAACAAACCAUUUAAUGGAUUUUCCUGAAAAUCCUAAUGAAAAGACCCCUCUGGGUAGCUCUAUUUUCUAACAAAAAGGCACUUGUCCUCCUGGCAUAGCAUGUCAAGUCCAUCCUUCUGUUGACAAAAAAUGUCUUUCUAAAAAUCUGGAUAUUCAUAUACAUGGCUGCAUAAAAGUCCACAAGAUUGUUUUUAUAGAGAAAAUGUAAAUCUAUUGAUCUCUUCACUCUUGUGACCAGUGACAGGACUCUAGCCUGAGUUCAAGCACUCUCAGGCACAUGGUGGCAUUCUUGGAUGUCCUGUGCCAGGCCAGGAGUUGGGCUUGGUGAUCCUGAUGGGUCCCAACCAGCUCAGCAUAUUCUAUGAUUCAUUCUAACUUCUGCCUUUCCCCACUGGUUACAAUCACACAACCUCACUCCUCUUUAACCAAAAGCAAUACUGAACAUCAUGCCUAAGCCAGACACUUUGUGCUCCUUGCCCUGGGAGCCAGGACUCUCCCACCCCACUGCAGCUCAGGCUGGUGCCCUCCCUGCCAGCAAAUCCUGCUCACAGGGAAGGGCUCUGCCAGCAGCAGCUGCACCACUGGGCUUGGUAGUAAUUUCAGCUGCAUGCAACAAGUGCCUCUGCUAGUUUUGGUUCUUUUUUAAUCAUUGUGCCAUACUACCAGCAACUGCACUCAGAGGAUAGAAGUCAAACUUGUUGCAAGUGUAUUUAUCUAACAUAAUAAACAGCUUCGACAUGGAA